CAGUCAUUAAUGAGUCAUCAAUCACCAUUGAUUAUUUCACCUCACAUCUCUUGAAGCCAUGAAACAGAAGAAUCAAUGCUGCAACUGUCCCAAACAUUUAUUUCCGCAAGGAGGCUUCUAUAAAUUGCUUCUUAGCCCGAAAAAUCCCAAGCACAGCAGUACUCACCACUCACGCCUGCUCCUUCUUCAUCCCUCUUUGCUUUAUUCUUAUAGCAGUUUCUGGUAAAGAGUGGCAACAAAGAUGAUGCGUGACCUAAUGAAGGAUAUGUUAUCUCGGGGAAAGAAGGAGACGAAAGUGAAGGCCAAGGUGGUGCUGAUGAACAAGAAUGUGCUUGAUCUCAACGGCGUUAACGCCGCCAUUCUCGACCAAAUACAUGACUUUCUCGGCCAGAAAGUCGAGUUCCGACUCGUCAGCGCCACCGUCGGCGAUCCUAAUAACGGGAACAGAGGGGUGGUGGGGCCGCCGGCAUACCUGGCGCCGACGAAGCUUCCGGUCAUUCCAAAACUUGUCGCCGGCGAGAAAACGUAUGUGGUGAAGUUCAUGGUGGGCGAAAGCCAGGGGAUACCCGGCGCCGUCAUUGUACGGAACUGCCACCGGCAGCAGUUCUACCUCAAGUGCAUCACCAUCGAAAACUUCCCGGGAAAGGGGCGGAUCCACUUCGAUUGCAACUCCUGGGUUUACAGCUCCGAUAAAUACUCUUACGACCGCAUCUUUUUCGCCAACAACUCCUACUUGCCAAAGCGCACGCCGGAGCCGCUACGGCCGUACCGGCUGGACGAGCUGCGCAACCUUCGAGGAGAUGGUGUGAACCGUAAGCUAGAGAAAUGGGACCGCGUUUACAGCUACGACUACUAUAAUGAUCUCGGCAACCCGGACGAGAACCCGAAUUUGGCCCGGCCAGUACUCGGUGGCUCGGCCGAGUUCCCAUACCCCCGCCGCUGCAAGACCGGCCGCCCGCCGUCAAAGACUGAUCCAAAGUCGGAGAGCCGGCUUGGCAAGCUUGAUCAGUUUAAGAUCUAUGUGCCACGCGACGAGCGGUUCGGGCGCAUCAAGAUGUCCGACUUCGUAGGCCACGGCAUAAAAACAGUGGCCAAGGACCUGCUACCAAUAUUCAGGGCCGUCUUGAACUUCACGAACGAAGAGUUCGUAUCCUUUGAAGACCUGCUCAAGCUCUACGAGAGUGGCUUGCCAUUGCCUGACAUCCCUAUGCUUCGCAAGUUCUUUCAGGCCUUGCCAAUGGGGUUUUUCAAGAGCGCCCUUAUCCCCAUCAACGGCCAGUGCAGCUUCCUCAAAUUACCAAUGCCUCAAGUUAUUCAAAAUGAUAAGUGGGCAUGGAGGACCGAUGAAGAGUUUGCGAGAGAAAUGUUGGCCGGCGUUAACCCUAUCAUCAUCCAACGCCUCAAGGAAUUCCCACCAACCAGUAAGCUCGAUCCCAGGCAAUAUGGCAACCAGAAUAGCACAAUAAAACUGGACCAUAUCGAAAGGAACCUACACGGCCUUUCAGUCCAACAAGCACUUGACUGUAACAGGCUCUUUAUUCUCGACCAUCAUGACUCCAUUAUGCCAUAUCUAAGGCGCAUCAAUGCUACUGACCGUAAGGUUUAUGCCUCGCGAACGCUCCUCUUCCUUAAUGAUGAUAACACUCUAAAACCACUUUCCAUUGAGCUUAGCUUGCCGCAUCCCGGUGACGAUACACUUGGUGCAAUAAGUACUGUGUAUACCCCAGCCAUUUCUGGCGUCGAGGGUUCAGUUUGGACGCUAGCAAAAUCCUAUGUCGUCAUCAACGACUCGUGCGUUCAUCAGCUUAUUAGCCACUGGCUGCGCACUCAUGCGGUGAUUGAGCCGUUUGUGAUUGCCACAAAUCGUCAAUUAAGCUCGAUGCAUCCAAUCAACAAGCUACUCAUGCCUCACUACCGUGACACCAUGAACAUAAAUGGUUUGGCUCGACAGAGCCUCGUCAAUGCCGAUGGCCUUCUCGAGUUCAUCAUCUUUCCUUCCAGGUAUGCUCUUGAAAUGUCCUCCAUGGCUUACAAGAGCUGGAAUUUCGUCGAACAGGGACUUCCAUCCGAUCUCCUCAAGCGGGGAAUGGCGGUGGAGGACCCGUCGAGGCCGCACAAGCUCCGGCUCCUGAUCGAAGAUUACCCAUAUGCAGUAGAUGGGCUCGCCAUUUGGUCAGCGAUCGAGGCUUGGGUUUGCGAGUACUGUGCCAUCUACUACCACGAUGACUCAGCCGUGCAGUGUGAUGAGGAGCUGCAGGCUUGGUGGAAGGAGGUGCGUGAGGUCGGCCAUGGUGACAAGAAAGAUGCGCCGUGGUGGCCGGAGAUGAGGAGGGUGCCGGAGCUGGUCAACUCGUGUGCCACCAUCAUAUGGGUGGCUUCCGCCAUGCACGCCGCAGUCAACUUUGGCCAGUACCCGUACGCCGGCUACGUCCCAAACAGGCCUACAAUGAGCCGCCGGUUCAUGCCAGAGAUUGGCUCGGCUGAGUACGGCGAGCUUCAGAAGAACCCGGAGAAGGUUUUCUUGAAAACGAUCGCGUGCCAGUUGCACACCAUUGUCGGGAUUUCACUGAUCGAAGUGCUAUCGACUCACACAAGCGAUGAGGUGUAUUUGGGGCAGAGGGUGAGCGCCGAGUGGAGCAGGGAUGAACGCGCGAUCGAUGCGUGGAAUCGCUUCAGUGCCAAGCUGAAGGAGAUUGAGAAGAAGAUUGCGAGGUUGAAUAGUGAGCCUAGCCUGAAGAAUCGCAACGGGCCAGUCAAGAUGCCUUACUCCCUUCUCUCUCCUUACAGUGAGAGCGGGAUCACAGCGAAGGGCAUCCCGAAUAGUAUUUCAAUCUAAUGGCCUGAACUCUGAAGUUUGAAUUUAGAUGAUAACUUCUUUAACCUAUCUGGCUGUUUUAAAUUUGGCGAGUGUGGACGAAAAAAUUUAUUUAGUCCAUUUUUAUUUUUUCAUUUAAAAAAGUGUUAUUUUUUAUUUAUUUCGAAUUUAGAC